UAUCAAGUAUGUACUACCGCUGCCUUCGUCGCUUGAAGCUCCACGACGGCACACCCCGCGGAGAUGGGAGACCCCGGAGCGGCAUCGAGGAGGAAGAACCGAUUACCGAAGGGGGGCAGCGAAUCUUCCGAUCUCCACGCCGCCGCGAGGAACGGGGACCUCACCACGGUCGAGUCCAUCUGCAACGCUAAUCCCCUCGCCGUCAAUACUCGAGAUCGCCAUUCCCGGACACCGUAUCCUUUCUCCCUUGUUCUCCUUUCCUCAAUCUUCGCUUUUGUUGUCGUUAUCAUGUGGUGGGCUCUUCGCUUGGUUCAGAAUCUGUCGAGCGAGCAGCUUAUUGCGCCGCCGAGAGUUUGGCACUGAGUUUUAUGGUUCCCUUAGGGUUUUGAGCUUUAACCUACUUAGCUGGUUCAUUUAAAUUCCUUUGCUAGGAUUCGCACUGCUGUCUGAUUUGGUGCAUUAUUUGUGACUAGCUGGCUCUUAUGAGUCUUAGGUCUUAAAUAUCAACUCGAUUCCUUUGAAAAGAGAAUGAAGAAAAGGAUAUAAAUGAUGAAACUAUCUAUCGAUGGAGGAUGACUGUGGCAAUGAUUUGCAGAAAUGAUACAUGCGGAUUCAUCCACACUGACACUCUUCGGUAGAAAUACUUCUUGGAGAGGCGUUGUGGUAUCAGAUCGAAGUGCAGAGGAAACUGUAGGAGCAGCUCGUGGUACAGAAGAAAUUGCAAAUGAGAAUCGAGGCUCUGGGGAAGUGCUUGUAAGCAAUACGGGAGAAAGCUCAGAAGAUCUUUGUUUCGACAUGAAUGGCUCGUCAGGCAGUUUGGAAGCCACCAGAGCCCAGCUUACGGAUUUCGACUUGCCACUAUCAGGCUUGACGGAGAACGUCGGUCGGGUUUGCGAAGAGAAGCACUCGGAGCUGAGAGAAGUGCGGUCAGAGGAAAACAUCAAGAAGAGGAACGAUUCAGGGUUUCAACUUUAUCAGGAAGGUAGAGAUGAGGCCGACGACAGUUAUCUUCUUCUGCUGGAUUUGAAUGUGAAAGGAAGCAGAGGUGAGAUGGUUGGUGGAUCAAGAGGAAACGACUUGGAUCUCAGAAUCCAAACGCAGGGGUUGUAAACCAGCUUUGACUGUCGAUUCUGCACUUGCAGACACAUCCGAUGCUGUCAUUGUGCGCAUCGAGUUGAUAUCGAGUCUAUGUUUCUUUCCUACAGCGUAAAUCUUUAUACUGCGGUUUGUUGAAUGAUUUGAUCGUGGACGAAACAACUCCCCCUUGUACGGGAACUUCCUCU